AUUUCUUUGCUUUGCUUUUCCCAACCUAGCAACGAAAUUUAGAUUGGCCCAUGCGCUUUCAUGAACUGAAUAAUGAGUUACUUAUUUCUAUUGCAGGACACUUACAGGAUGAAGAUCUCAAACACUUUGCCCUUGUGUGUCGGAAAUUCGCAAUGGUCGCUUGCAGCGAUGUGAUUUGGAAGGAAAGAUUGUAUAAUCAGUUCGGUAUUACUUAUAAACUACCAACCGAACAGUGGAGAGAUAUGUACAAUCGCAAAACUGAGGAUCCCGCCCAUGCUCGCAUAUGCCCUCACAUCGGUUAUGUUACGCCGAAAAUAUUGGAGCCUUAUGCAGCUAAAUACCAAACGAUCUUGAACUGGUUGGAUAAAAAUCUAAACUGUGCUACUUGUCGAACCAACUGUGCCGAUUCAGGCUUGUGCUUAUAUAUUUGGAAGAAUAAUGUUAGACAUCGUUGUAAGGAUUGUGCCUAUAGUUUCCACAAAGCAGUCGAAGGUCAUGGCAUUCUAUUUCGUAUGAAUGUUUUGCAAAUGUACUGCUUCGAUUGCAAACGUCUCCUGGGGGAGACUCGUGGUGAUUCUAGUGAAGCACACUAUGUAGAUAUGUUAUUGGAAACGCUGACACACGACAGCGAAAAAGGAAAAGAGUCUAUGAGGAAAAGGGAGCAGUGCAUGAAAGAAAGAUUACUUUAUGCAGAACAUGCAGAUAGAGCGUCAGUCGUUGCCAACGGAAAGUACUAUUUUGUAGAAAGAGUAUGGCUUAUAUCAUGGUUCUUGCGUCUAUGUGAUGGUAAAAUUGGCGUAGGUCCGGUUGCUAAUGAUGAACUAGAAGAUCCUAACAGAGAAGGCAAACUAAACCCCAAUUCACGGCCAAGAGGGAACUUCAAAGGAGGCUUUUCUAUUGUGUCUCCAUUGUUGUGGAAUUAUUUGGUGGAAACUUAUGGCCUUUCAGGCGGAACUUAUACCUCAGGUAUAUUGCAAUAAGAAAAAGCAUUGAUGACGACUAUCUUUUUUCCAUUCGCUUACUGACUUCUUUCUGUUUACUGCUAUUACCCGGCAAACAAAGAUGAUACUACAGGCCCAGAAUACUUUGUCUUGAAUGAAUCCAUUGCCAACUGGAGAUUAAAUUAAUAUAACCAUACACCCCCUUUUUGUAAAUAGUGUUAGAAAAUUUUGUUCACUUUGCCUACAUCUCUUUUUAUGCUCUACAAUGUUUUGCGCUUGUCAUUCAAGAAUUCGCUUUUUCAAUUUUUUUUUUCUUGUAUAUUUAAUGAAAAGCAAAUGGAGAUUUGCUUCAUUUUCACUUUUUUGAAUACAAGACCGUAAUUGUGUGCCUUUCAACGAAAUUUUUAAUAUCCACAGUCGUGACAUUUUUGAUUUUCUUAAAGUUAAAAUCCGUGGAUGCUGAGAGGUUUCAUUUAUGGAUACAUUGGACUGAUUUGGUACACUAUUUAAAAAGUUAACGAA